UAAACCUUGAAGAAAGGCGGAGAAACUAGUUUGCAUCUCGCAGAUGACGGAAGAUUCCGAUGAUAAAGCGAAUCUAAACUUUUGCCGAGUGUGCCGAUGUGAAGGGACUGCAUCCAAACCUCUGUUUCACCCUUGUUUAUGCACUGGAAGUAUUAAAUAUGUUCAUCAGGAUUGCCUCGUCCGUUGGCUCGAAUAUAGUAAAAGAAAUACCUGUGAAUUAUGCAAUCAUCGAUUUGCUUUCACUCGAAUUUAUGCAUCAGGCACACCACGGUUUCUGCCGCUCACUGUGUUGGCUAUGGGGUUAGCCAACAGUUUACGUAGAUUCGUACUAAACUGGAUCCACUUGUCGAUUGUUUUCACUGCAUGGUUAAUUAUAGUCCCCUUGUCUGCCUGUCGGAUGUACCGUUGUCUUUUUACCGGUAGCGUUUUCUCACUCCUCACGCUUCCACUGGACAUGGUUUCCACAAAACACUUACUACAAGAUUGUAUUCAGGGUUUCAUUAUUGUAAUCUUUGCAUUGGCUGCAUUUUUGGGUUAUGUUUCAUUACGAGAACAACUUCUUCAAGGUACACCAGCUUGGUUAGAACGUGAUGCGCAUGCAGAAGCUCGUGGUGCUAAUCCUCCUCCUGCUGCUGCGGCCAAUGCUGGGCGACCUUUAUUUCCGGAUAUUUUCAAUAUUUUUGGCGUUGCCAAUGGUGGUGGUUUAGGAGCUGCAGUUUUCGGAGAGGGCAAUGAAGACCCUGCUGAACCUCAAAUAUAUAAUAAUGAUGAACAGCAUCAUCAAGCUGCUCAACAAGAGUUAAUGAAUCCUGAGCGUACUACAAGUUCUUCUUCUCUACACUCUCCUACUUCUCUAAAUCAGCAACAACAACAACAAGAACUACUAGUGGUUAGCAGUAGUGGUAUGUCGGAAUCCUUAGAGUCUUCACGUGAAUCGGAAGAUACUGUUAAUCCUGAAUCAUCAUCACAUCCACAACAAUUAGCUUGGUAUAUGGAAAAUGCAGGAGCUAAUGUAGAUGAGGAUAUUCCGGACGAAGAUGACAGGGCCAAUAAUGAUCCAGCAGAUGCAGACGGUGUGCCAGAAGCUAUGAAUUGGAAGCAUUUAUUAGGCUUAGAUGGAUCUUUAAAUUUUCUGGAACAUGUUUUAUGGCUUAUUGCUUUAAACACUUUAUUUAUUGUCAUAUUUGCCUUUUGUCCAUAUCACAUGGGUCAAUUCACUGUGUUGGGCUUCAAUUUAGAACGUUAUAUAAGUGCUACUCAUAUGGAAGGACUUAGUACAAGUUUAAUUGGUUACAUUAUCUUCGCUUUUGCUCUAAUUCUUAUGCAUGAAGUAUUCGCCAUUCUCAAUAUGCCUCGGGCUUGUUAUUGGACCGGUCUUGGCUAUGUCUACAUCAAAGUUGCUUUGGUUUCUUUAAUGGAAUUGGGUAUCUUUCCUAUUUUGUCUGGAUUUUGGAUAGAUGCUUGCACUUUGUCUCUUUUCAAUGCAACUGUAACUCAACGAACCAGUGUAUUUCAUUAUGCACCAGUUGCAUUUACCUUCAUUCAUUGGGCAAUCGGUAUGUUGUACAUAUUCUAUAUGGCAUCUUUACUUGUAUUCGGUCGAAGUGUACUACGUCCUGGUGUUCUACGCUUCAUUUAUCAUUUUAAUGAUCCAGAUUAUAAAGCUAUUCAAGAUAUGAUAUUUCAACCAUUGCCAGUUUACAUACAACGUUUAAUUGCUACUUAUUCCGUUUGGGGUAUAUUAAUUGUACUUAUGCUAUGGUUACCUACAGAAAUUAUUCGGCAUUUUCUUCCCAAAUUUCUACCUUUUCGUAUUAAUGCAGCUUAUGACAGUCCGUUAGAUUAUUCAUUCGAAAUGAUACUAUUACAAGUUGUGCUACCAUUCUUAUCGGAUAAUCAAGCUAAAACAACACUUCGUCAAAUUUUACGUUGGUGGUGUAUAUGCGUAUCAUGGUUACUGGAUUUGCGUAGUUAUUUACUAGGUGAUGUUCCAUUUUCACCAGGGGACUUUAUUGUUACUGAAAAUGGAACAGAAAUACCGUAUAGACCUCGUAAAAAUUCUCACAAGAAAACAUCUAGCUCCACUGGUCAUUCGGAAUCACCUCGACCGGAAUUGACCAAUGAAGUGAGCGGUAUCCCGAUAGAUUUGUAUGCUGUAAAUUCGCCAACAUCAUCAGCAUCAUCAUCGUCGUUAUCAUAUAGACCGAUUGCGUCAACAAGCAAUGCAUUUGAUGAACAACAUCCUCAACCUGAACAUAAUGAACAAGAGAAUGUGAAUAAUGCAAAUGCCGACUAUGAUUCUGAUACAGAUGAUGCAGAUUUCACUCGUUAUAUUCCAUACAAGCGUACUAGUUUCUUUAAAUUACGAAUUACCGGCUUAAUUAUAAUCUUAAUUGUUAGUUUAAUAUGUUUAAGCUUGAUUGUAUUGAUUGUACCAGUUGGUAUUGGACGUUUUCUGUUGUGGAAUUUGAGCAGUACCGAUUCUACAUCAAAACAUGAUGCUAUCGCUUUAGUUGGUGGAUUCACUGUUCUCGGAAUAAUGCUCCGUCUAGCACCUUGUAUACCACCACUUCUCAGUGAAAUUUAUCGAAUUAUUAUGUUGAUUGGUCAAAGUGGUAGUUUAAUCAGUUGGUCUAGACCACUACGUGUAUUUCGAAUUUGGACUCGUUUAGGUACAACCUGUGAAAUUACAAUACGCCGACCAGCAUUACCAAUGGCUCCUAUGGUUGAUUUGAAUAGACGAUAUGGAUUUCGAUCUUUUGUGGAUACAGAUAUUGGAAUGCAUGCAAAGCAUUAUCUACGAAUACUAUUGAAUUGGUUAUGUCUUUUUUGUAUUGCUGUAGUAUGUUUAGGCAUUCUACCAACAGCGUUAGGAUUAUUGAUCAAUCUUAUUUUUAUUGUGCCUUUUCGUAUUGGACCUAAGAAAACUAUUAUUAUUGGAUUUUGGGAGCAUUGGAUAUUUGGUAUUAUGCAUUUGAAAGUAAUUAUCUUAUUUAUUCUUCUUGGACCUCCAUGGUGGUUGCGAAAUCGUCUCGAGUUAUUCCAUGAUGAAAUUACACGUCAUCGACAAAAUGCUCGUUGUACGCGUCUACUUUGGGCGAUUGCACCACUACUUGUAACUACUGGAUUAUCAUUAAGUGUACCAUAUUUGCUAGCUUAUUAUAUUAGUCCAUUAAUCGCAUUAGAUAGAGAAGUUGCAUUUCGAUACAUUUAUCCGUUUCUUUUUGCUGUAUUCGUUUGUUCAGUGUUAGUGACUCUGUGCAUUGAUCAAAUUCGACGUUUGUAUAUGCGUAUUAAAGAUGAGAAAUAUUUAGUCGGCAAACAAUUGGUGAAUUUUCGACCAUCAUCACCAAGUCAAUCGUUGGUUCCAACAGUCUCACAAUCAUCAUCCACUUGAGGCAUAAACAAACUAUCAAGACUUUUCGAGAUCAGCACUUGAUACUUUUUUUUUGAAAAACACUUAGAACCACGACACUUGAUUUCUACUUGUAGAGAGGAGAGUCUAGCCAACUCUAUAGUAAUAAUAAUAAUACUAAUC